AGGAAAAAAAGUUGGAUCCAAUCAAACUCAAUUUAAUACUAUAUAUACACUGAUUCAGGCAUUUUUUUGGUACAGUGAAUUCAAUCUUUUAGAGAUAAUCAUAAUCUAGAAUCAAAAGCUCUUAACCAUUUAGAAUUUUUGAAAUCAGAGAAAGAUGCCUCGUGGAACGCUUGAAGUUGUUUUGAUCAGUGCUAAAGGCCUUGAAGACAAUGAUUUUCUCUCUAGCAUAGAUCCUUAUGUGAUCCUCACUUACAGGGCACAGGAGCACAAGAGUACUGUGCAAGAAGGUGCUGGAUCCAACCCUCAAUGGAAUGAGACAUUUCUUUUCACUGUUUCUGACACUGCUUAUGAGCUCAAUCUAAAGAUAAUGGAAAAGGACAACUAUAGUGCUGAUGAUAAUCUUGGAGAAGUAAUAAUUCCUUUAGAGACAGUGAUUCAAGAGGGUAGCGUUCCAGAGAAUUCUUACAAACUUGUGAAAGAUGAAAAAUAUUGUGGAGAGGUUAAGGUUGCUCUCACUUUUACACCUGAGAGAAACUACGAACGGAGUUACAAUCAAGAGGAGGAGACCGGAGGAUGGAAACAAUCGGCUAGGGACUUUUGAAGUGAAUGAAGGAUAUUUACAUAUCUCCUCCCAAAUCAAGAAUUACUUCUAUGAAAGAAGACCAAAAAUGUAUCUUUAGGGAUUUUAAUCUCUGUAUUUGCUGGUGUGUGAUGAUCUGAUAAAAUUCUGUUUUUCCUUUUGACAUAAACUAUGUUAUGCUGCUGAAAUAAUAUUUUAAUUUUAUGCACUAAAA